CAGGGUUUGGUAUUGUCCCCAACUCAAAAUACCUUCUUCACACAAUUCCUAAAAGAAUCUAUCUACACAAAGAUUUCCACAGGUAAAGAAAUUAAAACACAUUCAACCAUGGCUGUGAGUAUGACAAAAAUUCUGCGUGCUACUAAGCCCAGCCUCAGGAGGUCCUCUUCAAGAACUCACAAAGAAAGUGAGGUUCCUAAGGGUCACUUUGCAGUUUAUGUUGGUGAGGGUGAAAAGAAGCGGUUUGUCCUUCCGAUAUCGUACUUGAACGACUCUUCAUUCCAAGAUUUGCUCAGUCAAGCUGAGGAAGAAUUUGGAUUUGAUCAUCCAAUGGGAGGACUCACAAUACCCUGUCCCGAGGCUACUUUUCUUGACAUCAUCUCUAGCUCGAUUUGAUCAUUAUCAUAGAAUACAGAUAGAGAUGGAAUAGUUUAGUUUAGUGAACAAUUCUUUUUGGGUAUAAGAGUUACCUUGUACAGUCGAAAUACAGAAUACUUCGUAUAAUAUAACUUCAAUACGUUGGAACUUAUUCUGAUUUGUCAUGUUACUCACAACACAGUAACUAAAGCUAGUACAGACAAUUGAUGGAGCACUCUCUUGUAAUUAAAAUCUUGG